AAAGCUAUCGAAGGCGCACACGGUUGCUCAUUUGGUCUGCUCGUGUGGAGUUUGCUCCUUGGCGCUGCUCUCAGCUCUGUGCUCUCUGCUCUCUCCCUCGCACGAUCUCGUGACGAGGAUUCGUGAUCGUGAUCCGUUUUUUUGGUUUGUUCGUGCACAAUUGUGAGCGGCCGUUCCACCGAAAAUCCUUGAGGUGAGGGUGGCCAUCUGACCGGCACCAACGUCACAUGUGACAAAACAAAAAACGUUGCAGCAAAAGUUACAGCAAAAAAAGGGAGAAAGAGAGUGAAAACCGUGCACGAGCUCGCAAGCGUGUGUGUAUGCCUGUAUGUGAAAAGUUGUGUAACUCGGCUUAAGUCAGGCUUAACGCUUAACGAAAGAAAAAAAAAGUAUAAGGAAAACUAAAAGCAAAAGUGUUGAAUGUUUGUGCGAACGACCGUGUAUGUGUGAGCGCUUUUUCGGUGGCUUUCUUCGACGACUACGACCAAGACGGCAAGUUGCAGCAAUAACCUGGUGUUGCCUCAUCAUCUCCGGAGAUCCGGACCUACAAACACGACUACACGAAUAACAGGUUGUGAGGAAGGGUGCCCACACGUGAAAAGUGGUGAAAAGUUGCACGAGGAAUAGGAAAAGUAAAAACAAAUCGCAGCGACGCAGCGCGGAAGCUGAUAGCAAAAGAGGGAAAACAAGAAGGAAGAGAAGAAAAAAAGUGAAAGAAAGUGUGUGCAAGUGUUUGCAGCGGCUCAAGCUGGGAGAAACAGAGAUUAGAGAAAAAUAAAGUGCUGCAAAAGCAUCGCGAAAAGGAAAAAUUGCUGGAAAAGAGAGAAGCAGAGAGGAGUCUUGACCACGUGAAGAAGGAAAACCCUGAACUGCUAAUCCAAAACCUCCAUUUUCAACGCGAACAGAUUAAUUGCAGUUGUGUGUGCGAACAGUGCAAUUUCCGGUCGGGGCCAAGAAGAAAACUCGGAAAAUUUCAGCAACCUCCGAAAAUUGUGCAACAACCAAACCAACCUCAUGUUGGUAGAUGUGUGGAUUAAAUAAAAACAGCAAAGGUGUGAUUUAAGUGUCGGUGCGUGUGUGUGUGAUCGCGAUUUCGUCGCCGUGGCCGCCAAUUGAUAAAUAUUAGAUUAAGUGCCCCCGCGUGCGUGGUCUUUCGGUUACGGAUCAAGGCCCUGAAGAGAGCAGAGCUUUGAUCGCAGCGAAGUAAAAAAGAGCGUUUUGGAACUCCGCCACUUUUCGGCCAAGUGUGCAUUUAAACGCUUGGGCUCCCUUGAGGCCACCCUACCGCGGGAGAUGGUGUCACGGCGCAAAAUUUUGUCCCGUUCGCGGGACGACCUGAACCUGGACUCGACGUUCAUCGCACAGGAGGAAGAGGAAGACGUCUGGUACCAGAAGGAUAAGCUGUACAAGGAACACAUCCAGGAAGUGCUGGACAAAUGGACACAGAUCGACGACGAGAUCUGGGCGAAGGUGAUCGUGUUCGAGCGGAACCGCCGCGUGGCCAAAGCGUACGCCCGGGCACCGGUCCUCACGAUAAACGGCUCAGACGACGGCUUCGACGGCAUGAGGAUCGGCCUGUGUGGCUUCGACAACCCGAUGCGGGACCACAAGACAGAUGAAGUCAAACGACACGUCGGACAGGGCGUCAAAAUCAAGAUGGACGACGCCGGCAACAUUCUCAUCAGACGCUACUCCAAGAGCAACGUGUACGUCAAAAGCACCGCCAGCCAGCCGAACGAGGAGACCGCCAUCGGGGCGGAAGUCCUGAAGCUGCCGGGGCAGGCCAUCGAGAGCGAGAAGAUUGUUAAGUUAUUCGACAUGAAGAAGUUCCAGUCCAACGUGAACCGCGAGCUGCGCCGGGCCUACCCGGACCGCCGCCGGCUCGAGACGCAGUGCCUGUCGGCGAUCGCGUUCGUCAAGUCGGAGAACGACGUGCUGGACUGCCCGAUCUGGGUGCUCAUCAUCAACGUGGUCGCGAUGGACAUGCUCAAGAGCAAACUGCCACCAGUUCAUCGCCCGGUGGACAUCAAGAACCGGCCGCGCAUCCCGAUCCCGGACGAGGACCCGUACAGUGUGGCCGGCAACGGCGGCGGCAGCUCCGGAAGUUCCGGCUUCGGGGCCAGCGGCAGCGGUCUGGUCGGGGGAGUCGCCGUCGGUGGCGUCAUGGCGUCCCGGGAGCACCUGAUGCAGGGCGGCGGCGUCGGUGGCGGUGGCCAGCAGAUGAUGGGACAGCGGCGCAGCGAAAAGCCGCCGAAACUUCCGCCGCGGGACAAUCUGUACGCGUCGCACGAGAUGGUGAAGCCCGACUACGAUGACAUCGAGGACGAGAACCGCGUCAAACUGCCACGGGGAAAAUCAGACAAAGGCAAAGAUAACAAGAAAUAUGAUGAUCCCUACUACUGCGGACUGCGGGCCCGCGUCCCGAACUUUGUAAAGUCGUCCAAGUCGAAGGAGAACAACAACAAUAGCAACGUGGCCAACAACAACAGCGCUGCGGUCGUCGCCGCGAAGGAGAACGCCGUGGCGAAGCGCCUCUCGAUCGCCCACCUGCAGCAUCCGUCGUCGCUGCAGUCGCUGCACCAGCUGCACCAGAUGCAUCCCCAUCACAACCUGAUGGCCGCCCACCAACAUCACCAGCAGCUCAUGUGGCACGCCAGAAGCUACGAGAGCGGCAUUGACACUGACGUGGUCGAGUCACCCUAUAGUCACAUGUACGGACGAGUGCCGUUGCCGACGCGGGGUUACAUUCCGGCACCACGUGCCAUGUACAUCGGCGAAUGGGAUUAGGUUAAGGCAAAACUGAUUAAGCACGCGUCAAAAAAAAUCGCUUUCUCCCCCUCUUAUACACGCAUAAACUUUUAUACUCACUUCCAAGCAACAACUGUGAAGUGUUGCCGGCCCGUGCCCUUUUUGAGCCAACCCUGGCAAAGCCAAACACGGGUUUCCCGGUCGCGCUUCCGGUUUGAUUUUUUUCUAUUUUCGCUCCCUCCUUCCACCCCUUUGGUCUGUUAGCCCCGUAAGUGAAUGACUAGUUUUGUUUUUAGUGUAAAUAUAGUAAGAAAGAAUCUAGAGCAAAGUAAAAGUGAGAACGAGCGAUAUAUGGUUUGUUCGCGGUGCGUCCAGUGAAGGAUUUUUCGACGAAAAACGACUUUUCAAGAUAUUUUCUCGGGAAAAAUCGUUCCACCGAAGCACCGAACGCGCAAACACUAGUACUAAUGUAGACGUUUACGACUUAACUGAGAAAUACUACUUUCCAACAACGAAACGAAACCACAACAUAACGUUGACACGAUACUGCCAUUCAUCCAUAUUUGUUUGUUUUAUAAUCGUUUGUUGUUAAAACCCUUUUGAUUUAGAUGCAAUUUUUCGGCUACCCCUCGAUUUGGACCAACGUUACGGAAAUUCGUGUGUACUGAAGAUUCUUUUUAAGUUACGUGUGUACAUAUACAAAAAAGAAUAUUUAAAACAACGAAAAACAUCGAAAAUUUAAAAGCUAAAUUUCUGAAAGAAUCGGACAAAAAUUAGCACUUGUGUAAAUAUUCAAACUCUUAACCAGUAGGUAAGUGAGUUUAAAUUUAAUCGAACUUGGAGACAUAACCUUAAAAUGUCUACCACUGAAAGCAUGCAACUGUAACCACUUAAUCAUAACUUGAAUGACUAAGUUUUAACUCGCGCUGCGUGUGAUUAUUCCUCUACAGUAGCGUUAAGUUCCAGCAAACUGGCAACACUGCCACCAGCAGCAACCACGCGAGAGAGAGUUUGCAAGAACAAAAACCAAUCACGAUGAUAUAAUACUCAGAUGAACGACAUGUACGCGUCUGUUUUUAACUUUAACUUAAGAACUUGCACCGAUUUACGGCCGGUUUCAACCCAGCGCAACCCUUCCCUAACCUCGAAAUUUUGUCUGCCCUCAAUUCCACCGUUUUCCCCGAAAAAAAAAUUGUCCAAAAUUUCUCACACCUUACCACUGUGAUUGUUUUGAGACUUUCCACAUUUUUCUCGCAAAAACGUAAAUUUGGUUAAGACACACACACACAUACACACACGAAUACACCCAAACAUCAACACCCAAAUCAUAGUGUGCACCGCUCUUUUUUUCACGCGCAGGAGAAUCAUUCACCCAAGCAAGCCAUGCACACGCAGUGUUGCCAACAUCCCCCACCAACAGAAAAAAAUGGGAGAUUUUGAUCUCCGAUUACAACACGUUCUGGAGUGAGAUCAAACAUUCUCUCCCGAAAAUCGCAGCGCAUCAUCCCGUCCAAAAACCUGACUCGUUUCGAAUGCUUUCCUUGUAAUAUUCCUUGUUCAUCCUCCUUUUGGCAUUCCGUCUUUCUUCUCCUGCGAAUCCAAUUCACACCCUCAAUUUUGAGUUUUCGUCGGAACCGAAUCAACUCAGAAAUGAGUAAAUUCACUCAAAUCUGACAUUUUAUCCAUUUACUCAAUUCUGAGUAGGUUCGACUUUUACCAAAACUAGCUGAUUUAAAAUCAGGGUGCAUUUGUACACAUUAGGGAAAGUGUUGCCAAAAGUUCGGUCAAAACCUGUCAAAUCGGUGCAAGAAAAAAAAACCCUUUUUUUAAUCGUAACAAACAACACUUACUAAAGUCUGCCGGCAUGAGAUUGCAAUAGCCCCUACCCCCUGCCCGUGUUAGAUUAACUCGUUUCAUUUCCCCCCACCCUUCUCUAAUCAGGCAACACACUGCCAAAACUGUUGUAAAUUUUGAACGAGACACAGACGUACAUGCGUUUAACAAACCCGUCUUUGGAAGCCCCUUCCCCUCCUCCACUAGAAAAGCCCACUUUAGUUAAUGAUCUAAGGUCCUUGAUAGUAGCGAACAAUUUUUGAAACGGCACGCGAAACAUAACGGAGAAAAAGAAAAAGUGUUGCCAAAACUUGUUCAUUAAGCGUAAAUAACUUUAACUACCGCAUACCCCUUUUAAUCAGGAAAAUUCGCACAAGAGUAAUAGAAACAGUGAGAGAGAGCGCGAGUAUGAGAUGAUAUUUAUAAGAGAGAGAGAAAAGGCAGGAAGAAAGCUAGUUUUCUUUUUUUAAUUCGUCUGGACAAAAAAUGGUGAAUGGGUCGAAAUUUUUAUUAUCUCAAGUAAAACAAAAAAGGAAGAAACAAACAACUGACGUCACAUCGAAUGAGAAAAAAGUGUUCGCUCUAUUUAAACAGAACAUAAAAUCGUAUAAUAUUCACACCUUGACAAGUAAAGUGCACCCAAAAACGUAAACGCGAAUUCGGAGACAAGCAUGGUCUAUUCAUAUAUAACUGUACGCAAGAAAGCUGGAUAACGGAGAACUUAUUUGAUAAAUUUUCCUACUUUCUUACUCAACGUGUAAUAAAUUCGUACACAAGAUUGUAUUCUCAAGCAACCAAUAAAAAUUUGAAACAGAAACAAAAACUCGUACACAAUUCAGUGGGACGCGGAAAUUAGAGAGAAAGCGACCGUAAAAAUGCAUACCCCCCACAAUACAAUAAUUAUAAUAGCGAUUGAUUGAUGUUUAUAACUUAGUGAAACAGAAUGGAAAACUUAUCAAAUUAAUUGAAUAUAAAAAGUAUUUUAAAAAUAAAGUUAAAAACCCAA